CUCGUUGCGAUUUAGUCAAUCACAUCACUCGUCCGUCGUUCAAAGUUGUAACUAGCGCCAAGACACCCUUGAAAAUGGGCCUGAGCUCAGUGUUCACCAACCCCGGUCUAGCUCCAAUGAUCAUUGUUCUACCUCCACUCCACCCCACCACCACCACUACCUGCCGUUGACCGCGUGAAUACCAACCCUCAAGCUCACACACACACCGCGCCGAAUUCCCUGACGACACACCGCAUUGCCCAAAAUGCCUGACGUCCCCGAGACUCCUCUGGUGCCGCUGGAGCAAGUGAUGGCUUUGGGCAUCAGCCGGGAAGAUGCCGAAGAGUGCUUGAAGAUGCACAACAACGAUGCGGAUUCUGCGGCCGAAUAUUACUGGAAUGGCGGUCUUCAAAAGGACAGAGAUGCGAGACAAUGGGAUGGAUCGCUGUUCGAGCAAUCGCGGGAAGGAGGAUCGUCCAGUACAGGUGUACGGAGCUACCAAAAUAAUUACACCUCUUCCCAUUUCCAGGUUCAAGGGAAUGACGUUCUGUCACCAGACGUCUUCGGGAAUGGAGCCAAGUCGAGACCUCCAACGCCGCUAUUUGGCUGCAAUGGAGACCCUGCCGGCGAUGAUCCGGAACUGGCGCAGGCGCUGGAAGCUUCGCUGCAAGAUGUUCACGGGUCACACCCUUACCAGUCACAGGAGAUGGGAGUUACCGGCACACAUACUUCACCCGUCAACCCCAACUUCAUGCCCGCCCAAGAGAAUAAGGAGUACGUACCAAGCCAGUGGGCGCUCACGACCACUGUAACGAAGGAAGUUCCACGAGAGUUGCCGCCACAUGAGAGGAAGCGCCAGCCAGGCUGUCCCGCGUUCCUGAAACCUUCGACCACCAGUUAUAAUCUGGCCAACGCCCUUACGAUCCUGCAUUACAUUCCUAAAGCUAGGGAAGCCUUCCUCUCGAGACCCCACGUUUUACAAAACUAUCGACACCAGCCAGAUUGGUGGAGCGGCGAGAAAAUAGAAACCUCACGGUUCAUAAACGUCGACGGAUAUGAGCCGAGCUAUUGUGAAGCUGAAGACGAAAUUGCUGAGAUUCAGCGCCUGAUGGCAUUUCUGGAUAGCACGGAUCGUGCUUACGCCUCUAUCGACGUCCUAUCAGCCAUGCCACGAGUACAGGAACAAGAGUCGACUUCCGCCAUAGCGACCUUUUUUAGGGGUUGGAAUCGUUGUUUAGAGAACUUGUACGAAGCCAAGGACUAUCCCACAGUCUUCAGGUCCAAUGCGCAUCAAAUACAGCCCACCGGGGAAGACAGGGAACAGGAAUUUACCAUCUUGGAAAUGACUGCACAACCAGGUGACAGGAGCCUCUAUUGCGCGCUGGACAACACAAUAUGGUCCGACGAAGAUCUCGUGUAUGUAGAGUUUGCCGACGUAUUUCUCGCCCAGAUUCGCACCGAGUCCGGCAACAUCCAAGGCAUAGGACUCGACAUACCCUCGGUGCUUUACCCCGACCGAUACUCGAAGCCUUGGUUAGAGACCGCCAAAUUACUCAAGGAGCAGAUUGCGACUCAGAAGUCUAAAAUAUACACAAUCGAAGCAAGAGAGGAGAGCCUCAAGUGCUUCCGAUCCAGGAAUGGCAAGGAAUACAGCCCCAAGACACUCCUUGAGAGCGCUAUCAACCAUUUCGCGAAACCACUGAAGGGGAGCUCUGACGACGAUAUCUCGAUGGACUCGCAGCCCGAGAUGGUGGACGCGACACCACUUCUCAAGGAAAUGUUGCGGAAGUUGGAACAGAUUGUGGCGAGCUUCGAACGUCAAAAGGAGGAAGCUCAAGAAGAGUUAAAGAGGCUCAAACAAUUGUUCACGGCUCCUGACGACCCGAGGCCAAAUGACUUGCCGCCUUACACAAAAUACUCUCUCCGUGGUGUAUGUACUGAUCCUAGCACGACGUACAUUCUCUUGCGAGACAGUGAUCCCCAGCUGGAGACAUCCAGAGCUCGCGAGGAGUGGUGGCGUUGCGAAUUUGCCGUAGCAAGCAGCAGUAGUAACGCAACCAACAACUGGGACAACAGCACCGGAAAAUAUAACUCUGUGUGGGACGAGAGUACACCGCCCGGCACCUACAGGACCACCAAAGUCACGGAAGAAGAAGUAUUGAAUACCGCGAAAACCAUGGGUGAUUGUGUCCUCCUCGUAUACGCAAAUGAAGAAGCGUUCGAAAGCGGGAACCUGCCACUGCCCGAACCCUUGCAGACCUUCGUGGACAACGACAAUGCCGCCUUUGCCACCGAGUUGAACCCUCACGAAUCUCCAGCAGACGAAGAACUCAUUCCGAGCCCAGAGAGGAAGCGCCGCGUGGAAGACGACGAGGAAAUGUUCGGCGACGUGUCUCCGAAACGUUCCGUCCGCUCCCUUCGCUCCGUCGGCAGCAGCACCACGACUCUCGACGUCAAUACGCCUGUUUCCUCGGACAACAGCCAUACUCCGCCGGAGAUGAUGGAAAGAAAUGGCGUCGUCUCGCCGGUUGCGAAGGCGUUUCACCUGCACAAUAUUAUCGAUGGAGAGCUUUCCCCCAACGAUGUUGACGAGGAUAUGAUAGAUGUGGAACAUGUGGAGAAUACCGUUCAACCGGCGGUGGUGGAGAGAAAGGGCGGUUAGUGUAGAUUAGUGAUGGGCGUGGAGAGAAUGGCGAUGGCAUAGGUUUGUACGAUUAAUUGAUACCGCAUUUCUUUGCGUUAUCUUGAGCUAUAUGUGCGGGCGACAUUUCUAACUUGCCGCUGGCUGAUUAGCUAGGUUUUUGUUGGCUAUUGCUUCUUUCAUGGGUUGUAAUGAUUAUCUCUGAGGCGGUAUCUAUGCUUAACGAUUGCUUCCGCGCGCGGAACAUUCAUGACUUACCGCUGGUUGGUUAGGUGGCAUCGUCGUUGGCUACUUCUUCUUUCAUG